AUGGGACUAGCCUUGUGCGUCGGUGGCCCGAUGUUCCUCAGAUCAGCCCUGGCCUUCCCUUCAUCAACUCUUCGUUUACUCGAUCCGCUUGCACGAGUACCUCCUUCCACCAGGAAGCUACCAGAUGCCGCGUUGGGGCAGAGCCGGAUUAGCUGGAAGCGAGCCAACGUCGCAGGGCACGUCGAGUUCCCCAGCCAUGUCCGGAAAUUGACCACGAAGCGCCAUGAGCACAAUACCAUCGAGUCGCCAUCCACCAUUGACGAGCUGAAUGAUAUGCACAAGAUCGCACUGGAUAAGUCAGCACUCCGCGAAUUGCACUCAAGAAUCGUCGUCCACAACGAUGAACAAGAUCUUUCUCGCAAUUGUGGCGAUGUGCUCCCUCGGAUCCUGACGCGCCUGGGACUGCAGGGGCGAAAGCAGUUCUCAUCCAAGCAGAAGCCACCAUUCGUCCAAGCCUUGGAAAAUGCAUCGACUUUGCUGAAUCAUUCUAAUUGCGCUCAAGCUACUCAACUCGGGCAUCACUGCAGAGAAGUGCGCAAGUGUAUUACGCAGUGGGGACGGUUCAAGUCCCCAAGCACACUUGCUGAUAUCAUUGUCGCCAUCCACAAGCUCCAGAGAGAGGUCGAUGUCGUGGAACUCCUCAACGGCGUGACGCACCAGGCACUCCCGAAAGACGCCAAAACAAGCAUAGUCAACAAGAUAGGCAAGCUCUCACGUUACCACGAAAUAGCGCGAUACCUGUCUCGACGGUGCAUCAAAGACGUGGCAUUUCGCCACCUCACAGCUGUUCGGGUCGUAUUGCCCGAACAUAUUGUCGCAUGCGAACCCCCGACCCCAGACAUGUUCGAAGCUGAAGUAAAGUUCACCGACGUCCUCCGCCAGGCCGGCCUUCCAAAUGGCGAUGAAAAGAAAACAAUCAAGAAUCUAUUCAGCCUUCUUAAAACCACCCCUGAACAAGCCAGCCAGAACUUCCACACACGAGUAUCCAAGACGUCAAGGAAAGCCAAGGUCCACGCGGAGGUUCAGCUGUUGUGCUUCUACGAAAUGAACCGCAAUGUGAUCCCGUUGUUGCCACGGGUGGUGUGUUCAAGCAAAGAUGCGUGUUGGAUGUGUAAUGCGCUGAUCGACGCCCACGGAGAGAUGUUCACGCCUCGCUGUCACGGUGUCCUGUAUCCCGGCUGGAAACAACCUUGUCUACCCGGCUCAUCGAGAUGGGCCGAAGUUGCGACGGCAUUGACGUCCAAAUUGCAGCGCACAGUUGCAGAGAGUGUGCAAAGCAUACUAAGUUCCGGCCAGAGGCCCGGCUAUUGCCCCCCAGUACCGUUACCAACCAACUACACGCGACUACAGCGUCUGUGGCUUCAAGCCGGCGGCUUGGCAGUCUUGUUAGAGCCUCCUCAUGAUGGCAGAUUGCAGAAUGAUUCUGCUGGGGAGAGGCAAAACUCUGACAUGGGCAAAGAACCAAGAUUAAGUUACACGAUAACAUAUACUGGCAACGACAAUACAGCCUUCGUAGAGGAUGUCACGAAGCCUUUGAGCGGGCCAGCCCUUAUGAUCUUGGAUCAGAGAUUGGCGCAGGGCACCAAUCUCGAUAUGGAGGAGGACGAGUCUGGAAUCAUUCGACUGGGUCUCAGUAGUGGCGAAACUGUACAGAUCCAAAGACAUUCCGGACCUUGAUCACGGCACGCACGCCCUGGCCUCAGCACCAUCCAUGCACCUCGAGCCAGCUAACUU